UGAACAUCAAAUCCUAACAAGCUCUGGAACGGAGCUGAUCCUCUCUGCUUACGGUGUCCCGUGUUUUGUGUGUUUCUGUGAAUAUGUUCAAGUUGGCCGUUUUCGUUGGUUUGAUUGGGUUUGUGGUAGCGUACGAUUUCCAGGAUUCCUACUACAAUGAGCUACUGCUGCAGGACCUGCUCGACGAUGCCGAUGAACCGUCGAUGAUGGGCCGCUUCCGCCGGUCGCCAGCCGAUGCGCAGGACGAUAAGUGCAAGCGUCGCUACAAAUGCUGCAACGAUGCCAACAAUGAGAAUUUGGAUAAAAUUCACGAAAUCAAGAAGCAGUGCUUCGCCGAGGUGCGCAACAAGAAUAAAGCCGAUGGAGCGUACGAACCGGUCGAUUUCUUCUCGUGCGACCGGCUGAACAAAACCAAGAUGGACGUCAUCUGUGCGAUGGAGUGUGUUGGACGCAAGAAGGAGGUCGUCAAUGACGAUGGUACGCUAAUCGAGGGUAAGCUGAUGGAGUUCGUGAAGAGCAACUUUGCGGCGGACGAUUGGCAGCAGCCCCUGCUGGCGGGAUACAUUGACACGUGCGUGAAGGAGGCGAAGGAUAAGGCAGCCAAAAGCCCCCGGGAAGCCGGUCAGUGCAGCUCGGAAACGUCCAACUUUGGGUACUGCAUGUGGCGUCAGAUGGCGCUGGCCUGUCCCAAGGAUAAGCAGGUCGCCAACAAGCGCUGUGAUCGGAUCCGUGAGAAGUUGGCCAACAACGAGCCGCUUCACUACUACAAGGCUGAGCUAGAGGAUAUGACGAUCUAUCGAAAGGAAGUGAUCUUAAAAGACUUUGUCAAAUUGCUCAAAAUGUUGAAGCUAUUGGGACAACUUCGUGUGCGCCAUUGCGCGCGGGAAGGAUUUGCGCGUGUCGCGCUGUGCGGCGUUAGCGCCAACCGAACCUUCGCCAGCGAUGCCGAUCCGAUAGUGGACCUGCCCGGACUGGGCCGGCUGAAAGGUUCGUACACCAAAAGUGCCUGGUCCGGUGCGCCAAUCCAGCAGUUCCUCAACGUCCGGUACGCUGAACCGCCGGUAGGCAACAAUCGAUUCAAAGCACCAAUACCCGCCCAACCGUGGCAGGGUGUGCAGGAUGUGUCCGUCCGUGGUCGGGGUGCACCCUGCUACGGCGAUCUGAAGAAGCUGCCCAAAGAUCAGCUAACGGCCGAGCUGGAGGAUUGCAUUAGCCUGUGCGUGUACACGAAAGACACUACCGCCAAGCGACCGGUGGCCGUUUACAUUCAUGGCGGCGGAUUCUACAGUGGUAGCGCGGCCCAGCAUCCGCCCGAAUAUCUGCUCGAGAAGGACAUCGUGCUCGUCGUGCCACAGUACCGGCUGGGACCGCUCGGAUUUCUUUCCACCAAAACGGACACCAUCCCGGGUAAUGCGGCCAUCCUGGAUGUGUUGCUGGCGUUCGAAUGGGUACAGCAGAACAUCGCCCACUUCGGCGGUGAUCCGGGACGGGUGACGGCCGUCGGCCAGUCGGCCGGUGCCGGCAUACUGUCGUCGCUGCUGUUUAGCCCUGCGCUGCGCGAGUCCCACUUUCAGCAGAUAAUUCUGCACUCGGGUGCGGCCUUCGGUAGCUGGCUGUUCGAUCAUAAUGGGGAAAAGAAUGCGCGGGACAUUGCGCGUCGGGCUGGGUUCGAUCCGAACGCACCGCUCGAACAGGUCGAGGAGUUCCUGGUUGGGUUGGACACGUACACACUGCUGAAAGCGUUCAUGCAUCACAAUUGGCAAGGGCUUCACAAGGGCAUCAAUAGCACCGGGGGGCGCAUGACGAUCGGUGGACCAACGCAACUCUUCCCCAAAUCGCCGUACGAGGUAAUGAAGGCCGGUGGUGGUAGGAAAAAUAUUCCCAUGCUGACGGGCGUCGUAAAGGACGAGGGUACGUUCGCGCUGGUGGACGUGUUUACCAUCCUGACCGCGCUGAAGCUGCACGACAAGAAGGACUUCCUGCGGUACGAUGUGAUCGAGGAGAUCCAACGAAUUCUGGGCACGGUAGAGGUGUCCUGCUCUGUAACACCGCUUGCCGUCAAAAGUAUGCUGGAUAUGGAGGCGGCAGCCAAUGGUGACAUCAUGAAGAUGAUCCCGGGACUGAUCGAUCUAUGUGGCAUGCAUCUGAUCAAGUCCAGCGUGCUACGGUUGGCGCAGUACAACAGCAGACACACGCCAGAGCAAACGUUCGUGUACUCGUUCGACUACCGUGGGGAGCACACCCGGUUCGGGUACGAUCAGGACAUCCGGCACAUUCCAUUCGAUGGUGGCGUGCACCAUACGAACGAUCUGCUGUACCUGUUCCCUUACCCACCGACGGCGGCCCACCUGAACGAGCAGGACACGGCCAUGGCAAAGCGAAUGGUAGACCUGUGGACCUCGUUCAUCGUGGAUGGUGUGCCCAAAUCAGCCGACCUUCCCCACUGGCCACCAUUCAACCAGAUCUUCGGUCCGUACGUUCACCUUGACCGGGAGCCAGCGGUGGGUAACAACUUCCUGGACGAAUUCACGGUCAACGCGGAUGCGGCACGGCGGCAGCCGCAAAAAGAAUCCCCCGCACAGAAGCGCUCAGCACCGGACGCCACACCGCCACCACACCAUCAGGACGACCUAAUCCGGCGGAAUUCAGCCCAACAGCAGCAGCGGGUGUAGCGUUUUUUAAUCCACUGUGACAAAUCUGCCGAUAAAACGAGCAAACAAACAAACCCCCGUACAAAUAGCUUAGAUAAAUUUGGAAGGCAACACUGAAACAAUACCACCACCCGCCUGUCGCCUGCCGCACGGGUUGGAAGGCUCUCCACUUGGUGGCAGAUAUAGCGUCGCGAGUCGUGCAGAAGUUAUCUAUGCUCGGCGUAGAUAUCACUCCGACGUCCAUCGAUAGAGGCUGAUACUUUAGAUUAUAUGAUAAUGGAGCGUCUGCUACAGCCUGUACGCACUUUUUCCCAACGUGCAGACUUCCAUUUUGUGAGCCGAAUUUGAAAUAGUUCGGUAAUGUUAAAAUAAUUUAAGGAUAGUGUUAAGAAUUUAUGGGAAGACACUUUUCUCUUUAGUUGAUUACAUACUAUCAAUUCAAAUGGAAGUAUCAAAUAAGACUUUUUAAUUCUUUAUAUUGCCAAUAAACUAACGCAGUGGCGGAUCAGCCCAA